AGCACACAACAUUUUCCUUUCUGGAAUUUCACUACCCAAAAAGCUUCAUCACCACCAAAAACCAAACCACCACACUUGGAAUUCUACUGCACCUCAAAACCACUCCCUCUCUCUCUACUUCUUGAGCUCAUAAUAGCAGCCGCAACUAUAUCUUUUUCAGAAAUGACAAUUGAGAAAAUCACUGAUACUUUCUUGUCUGAGCUUCUUUCCCAUUUGCAGAGAGGCAAGAAAUCUUUCUACGCUUUGGUGUCUCUCCUCUCUCUCUGCCUCUUAGCCUACAACAGCGCCUCCGUUUUCUGCGCCAAAGUCCCCUUCCCGCCCAAAACCUCGCCGGAGCCCGCUCUCUUCUUGCCGGAAAAUGUCGCCGCUAAAUCAAGAAGGUUCUUCUCCAUCUCCUUCUCCGCAAAGCAGCCGCCUUUCCCACCGGAGCUCAAAUCCCAUUUGCCCCUUUUGCACAAGAAUCCUAAUUUUGCUAAAGAAAUCGACGACUUCUACCCAAAGCGGCGGAAAAGGCAGAAAUUCGCAAAGGUGAAGCCUUUUCAAGUUCGGGUGAGGAACUUCUUCAACAAGAAUUCAUCACAUUCUACCUGCGAAUCUCGCUUUUUCAUGACGUGGAUCUCAUCGGCGGAGUCCUUUGGGGAGAGGGAGAUGUUUGCCAUCACCAGUUUGUUCAAGACGCAUCCAAAUGGGUGCCUAAUCAUAGCCUCGAAUUCACUCGAUUCAGCAAUUGGGAUGCAAAUCUUGAAACCCUUACUGAGAAAGGGUUUUAGAUUGAUGCCAAUUUCCCCCAAUUUCGAUUUCUUGUUCAAGGGCACUCCAGCAGAGGUGUGGUACAACCAAUUGAUGCAGGGAAAUGUGGAUACUGGUGAAGUUGCAUUAGGGCAGAAUCUCUCCAAUCUGCUUAGGCUUGGAUUGCUGUAUAGAUUUGGUGGGAUUUACUUAGACACUGAUGUGAUAAUCUUGAAGAGUUUUGGGGGUUUGAGAAAUGUCAUUGGUGCUCAAGCUAUUGAUCUUGAGUCAGGGAAUUGGACCAGAUUGAACAAUGCAGUGAUGAUAUUUGAUGAGGGGCAUCCACUUGUGUUCAAGUUCAUCCAAGAAUUUGCACUCACCUUUGAUGGGAACAAGUGGGGCCACAACGGGCCCUACCUGGUGUCGAGGGUGGUGUCGAGGGUUGGGGGGCGGCCGGGGUACAACUUCACGGUGAUGCCACCGAUGGCGUUUUACCCCGUGGAUUGGAGCAAGGUCCGGGGCCUGUUUGAAGGGCCGCAGAGCCUGAGCCACUCCAAGUGGCUGCUCGCUAAGCUUAGGCAGAUACGGAACGAGAGCUUCGCGGUGCAUCUGUGGAACAAGCAGAGCAGGGGGUUUGAGGUUGAGAAGGGGAGUGUGAUCCAACACCUCAUGUUUGGUUGUUGUGUUGAGUAAAAGUUUGGAUUUUUUUUUGAAGUUAAGAUUUUUUUUAGGUGGUGUAUUUGGAUUAUCUCAAUCCAGGUUUGUGGGAGGGGGGCAAUAUGAAUUGAUAGUAGCUUGGAGAAGCCAAAGUUUUUUUUUUUUUCUUUUCUGGAAUUGUAGAUCAGUUACAUAUGAUAUAUAGGUGGUUAUUGUGUUGUGUGUAUUGGUCUGAAUUUGAAAUGCAAAAUGCAAAUUUCUCAGAGCAGUUGAUAGA